AAAUCCGCUCAGCUUCUGCAAUGUGGCCUGCCUGAAACUUGGGCGCUCCUUCAGUCUGGAUGUGGAUGGCAGGGCAGAGGGGUGCCUGGACCAUGGGCGACGUGGUAGAGAAGAGUUUGGAGGGGCCCCUGGCACCUUCUGCAGAGGAGCCCUCCCAGAAAAGGGGAGACUUGGUAGAAAUCUUAAAUGGGGAUAAGGUAAAAUUUGACGACACCGGACUCUCCUUAUUUCUUCAAAAUGGCCUGGAGACCCUCCGAGGGGAAAAUGCUCUGACAGAUGUCAUCUUGUGCGUGGACAUUCAAGAAUUCGCCUGCCACCGCGUGGUGCUUGCCGCGGCCAGCAACUAUUUCAGGGCCAUGUUCUGCAAUGACUUGAAGGAAAAGUAUGAGAAGAGGAUCAUUAUCAAAGGGGUUGAUGCUGAGACCAUGCACAUGCUCCUGGACUACACCUACACCAGCAAGGCGCUGAUCACCAAACAGAACGUGCAGCGGGUCCUGGAAGCUGCUAAUCUCUUCCAGUUCCUGAGGAUGGUGGAUGCCUGUGCCAGCUUCCUCACUGAAUCCUUGAACCCAGAAAACUGUGUUGGAAUACUGAGGCUGGCAGACACACACUCUUUGGACAGUCUAAAGAAGCAAGUUCAAAGCUACAUCAUUCAAAAUUUUGUUCAGAUUCUGAAUUCUGAGGAGUUCCUUGAACUUCCCGUGGACACUCUGUACCACAUCUUGAAGAGCGACGACCUUUAUGUGACUGAGGAGGCUCAGGUGUUUGAGACUGUGAUGAGCUGGGUCCGACACAAACAGUCAGAGAGACUCUGCCUGCUCCCCUACAUCCUUGAGAACGUGCGCUUGCCGCUGCUGGACCCGUGGUACUUCGUGGAAACAGUUGAAGCAGAUCCUCUCAUCAGGCAGUGCCCGGAGGUUUUCCCGCUGCUCCAGGAAGCCAGGAUGUACCACCUUUCUGGCAAUGAGGUCAUUUCGGAGCGCACCAAGCCCAGGAUGCAUGAGUUUCAGUCUGAGGUGUUCAUGAUCAUCGGCGGCUGCACGAAAGAUGAGCGGUUUGUGGCAGAGGUGACCUGCCUGGACCCCCUGAGGCGCAGCCGUCUGGAGGUGGCCAAGCUCCCGCUGACAGAGCAUGAGCUGGAGAGUGAGAAUAAGAAGUGGGUGGAGUUUGCAUGCGUGACAUUAAAAAAUGAGGUGUACAUCUCAGGUGGCAAAGAAACACAGCACGAUGUUUGGAAAUAUAAUUCUUCAAUCAACAAAUGGAUUCAGAUUGAGUAUUUAAACAUCGGCCGCUGGAGGCAUAAGAUGGUGGUGUUGGGCGGCAAGGUCUACGUGAUCGGCGGUUUCGACGGCUUACAGAGGAUCAACAACGUGGAGACCUACGACCCCUUCCACAACUGCUGGUCAGAGGCCUCGCCCCUCCUCGUCCAUGUCAGUUCCUUCGCCGCCACCAGCCAUAAGAAGAGGCUCUAUGUGAUUGGGGGAGGGCCCAAUGGGAAACUGGCCACAGACAAGACUCAGUGUUAUGACCCUUUGACCAAUAAGUGGAGUUUAAAGUCAGCCAUGCCGGUGGAGGCUAAGUGCAUCAAUGCAGUGAGUUUCCGGGACCGCAUCUAUGUCGUUGGUGGGGCCAUGAGAGCACUGUAUGCCUAUAGCCCUCUGGAAGACAGCUGGUGCCUGGUGACACAGCUCAGCCACGAGCGGGCCAGCUGUGGCAUCGCGCCCUGCAACAACAGGCUCUACAUCACAGGCGGGCGGGACGAGAAGAAUGAGGUCAUCGCCACAGUACUGUGCUGGGACCCUGAGGCCCAGAAACUGACCGAGGAGUGUGUCCUGCCCCGGGGGGUGUCACACCAUGGCAGUGUCACCAUCAGGAAGUCGUACACCCACAUCCGGAGAAUCGUGCCCGGAGCAGUGUCUGUCUGACUGUGGGAAGGGAACUUGGAGAGUGCACCUGGGUGACCCUUAGCACUCGGUCCUCACCUUUCACCCUGUCCAGUCCCACUUCAGGCAGCAGUCUCAGCCUGAGUUUGAGGCCACAUGUCUGCAGCUCACCUUUGGGCUCCUUGGAAGUCACAGCUUUGGGACACUUGAGACCAGCCAGGAAAGUUUUUGUGACCUACCUCAGGAGGGAAGGUGGGAAGAAGAGUAAUAGUUAACAUUUAGGACACACCUGCCCUAUGCCAGGGUCUAUGCCAGGCACUACUGUGUAUCAGUCCGCGUAACCAUCAUAAGGACCUGGCGACUGGGUAUGAUCACCCAUGUUUUCAGCUGGGGAAACUGAGUUUCAGAGAGGCUAAGUGACUUGCCCCAGGCCACUCAGAUAGCAAGUAGCUAAGCCAGAAAUCCAAACCCAGGUCUCUCAGCUUCACAGUCAGGGCCCUUCCCAUCAUGCUGCCUGUCUCACACUGGGAAACACAAACACAAAAACAGAAAGCCUGGCUCAUUUCUUGUUCCGGCAAGUCCGCUAAAAGAUUCACUCAGCAAGGCAGGGAAAUAAAGGUGGUUUUUUUUUUUCUUCCUUUUUUUUUUUUUUUUAUUCUUUCUUUUAUAUUUUAAACCAAAGAUCCUUUUGGUCUCCUUGUCAAGAGCAUCUCAUAGGUUCUUCUACUUGACAGGUCUGGGGAAUGGGUUUGGGAAGGCCUGUUUGCUUUGAAAGGGAUGAAAGACUUACGUUCUAUUCUCCUCCUAUUGGGAGCCUAUAUUUUUUAUGUCACAGGAUGGCCCAUUUUGGACUAUUACUGUCAUUGCCAGACAGAAUCACAGCUUCAGCACAGCCUGGUGCCCUGGCCUCCUAAUGUCUAACAGUUGUAAUAUAGAAAAGAGGUUUCAAGAGACUCAAACUAUUGUUUUAUUUUUUAAAAACUCAACAUCUUAACACGGCUGGCCACUGCAGGAAUGAUGGACUCUUCUUGACAUUAUACUUUCUAGUUUUUAGACAGUGAUGUGGAUCCAGGUUCCAGAGACCCCACUCCUCCUGAAACCUUAGUUUUCAGGACUUUUGUAAGCCCUUCUACUUGGUUUUUGGAUCAGUGUGGUUCAACUCUGACUCAAAGAACAGAGUCUGUCCUCUACUCUAAGAGGUAGAACUUCUACAUGAUGUCACUGGAAAUUCAUUCUAAUCCCCAAGUUGGAGAAACAGGUUAAGAGAUCCUGUUUCAUAUGCUGUAUUUAAAAAGCAACAAUGAUAACAACAUAGUAAUUGCAUUACCCAAUGUACUUUAUUUUUAUCAUAUGACUUCAAUUCUCUUUAUAGAGUUUUAUUUCAUGUCUAAUGUGGCAUAUUGUGCUGGUACUUCUUAGCAGUUAGGGAAGUUAGAGGUAUCAGAGUUGAUAGUGAAUUUAAUUUUCAUAAAAAAAUCAUGGUUAGAAGAAGCUAAUGUUCAAAACAGAUUUUUUAAAAAAACUUAACAUCUGGAUGUUGUAUUAGGUCUCAUAAUUUGAAGAGUCACAAAAAUCCACAUAUGUCUCAAAUCUGGCUACUGCAAAACCAGUUUUGAUAGGUCAUAUUUUCAUGUUUAUAGGUAUAAAUAGUCAACACUUGGUGAACCAAAUCCUUUAAGCAUUUUGGUUACUUGAGGUUGUGUUUUUUAAGUGAUCAAACUAAGGAUAUUGUUUAUAGGUUUAAAAAAUCCAUAGAAAUAAAGUUUUUAUUUAUUCAAUGAAAUAUG